AGAGGGAAAGCCUCAUGCGUCAUUGGCGCGCGCGGCCGCGGUCGCAGAGUGAUAGCGUACGGCUUCCCCCGCCCCGCCCCCCGGGCUGUCAGUCUGAGCGCGGCCCAGCACGGCAAGGGCCCGCCGGGCCGGCGCCGCUAUGGCGGCCGUGUUUGACCUGGACUUGGAGACGGAGGAAGGCAGCGAGGGCGAGCCAGAGUUCAGCCCCUCGGCCUGUGGGACACUGUGAGGAGGUGGAGCUGACUGAGACCAGUGUGAACCUGGGCCCUGAACGCAUCGGGCCCCACUGCUUUGAGCUGCUGCGUGUGCUGGGCAAGGGGGGCUAUGGCAAGGUGUUCCAAGUCCGGAAGGUGCAGGGCACCAACUUGGGCAAGAUAUAUGCCAUGAAAGUCCUGAGAAAGGCCAAAAUUGUGCUCAACGCCAAGGACACAGCACACACGCGGGCUGAACGGAACAUUCUAGAGUCAGUGAAGCACCCCUUCAUUGUGGAACUGGCCUAUGCCUUCCAGACUGGUGGCAAACUCUACCUCAUCCUCGAGUGCCUCAGUGGCGGUGAGCUUUUCACGCAUCUGGAGCGAGAGGGCAUCUUCCUGGAAGACACAGCCUGUUUCUACCUGGCAGAGAUCACCCUGGCCCUGGGACAUCUCCACUCCCAAGGCAUAAUCUACCGGGACCUCAAACCUGAGAACAUCAUGCUCAACAGUCAGGGCCACAUCAAACUGACAGACUUUGGACUCUGCAAAGAGUCGAUCCAUGAGGGCGCUGUCACCCAUACUUUCUGUGGCACCAUUGAAUACAUGGCCCCUGAGAUUCUGGUACGCAGUGGCCACAACCGGGCUGUGGACUGGUGGAGCCUGGGGGCCCUGAUGUAUGACAUGCUCACUGGAUCGGCAAGUCCAGCCUCCUGGCCACCCUUCACCGCAGAGAACCGGAAGAAAACCAUGGACAAGAUCAUCAAAGGGAAACUGACGCUGCCCCCCUACCUCACCCCGGAUGCCCGGGACCUUGUCAAAAAGUUUCUGAAGCGGAAUCCCAGCCAGCGGAUCGGGGGUGGCCCAGGGGACUCUGCUGAUGUGCAGAGGCACCCCUUCUUCCGGCACAUUAAUUGGGAUGACCUCCUGGCUCGCCGCAUAGACCCCCCUUUCAGGCCCUGUCUGCAGUCAGAGGAGGACGUGAGCCAGUUUGACACCCACUUCACACGGCAGACACCAGUGGACAGUCCAGAUGAUACGGCCCUCAGUGAGAGUGCCAACCAGGCCUUCCUGGGCUUCACAUACGUGGCACCUUCUGUCCUGGACAGCAUCAAGGAGGGCUUCUCAUUCCAGCCCAAGCUACGCUCCCCCAGGCGUCUCAACAGUAGUCCCCGGACCCCGGUCAGCCCCCUGAAGUUCUCACCCUUUGAGGGAUUCCGGCCCAGCUCUGGCCCACCGGAGCCCAUGGAGCCCCCUCUACCUCCUCUCCUGCCGCCGCCACCACCACCACCAUCGAGCACUGCCCCUCUCCCCAUCCGACCCCCCUCGGGGACCAAGAAGUCUAAGAGGGGCCGUGGGCGCCCUGGACGCUAGGACGAUGGGUAGCUGUGAGGGCAAGCAGACCCUAGGGCAGUUCCAGACCCUGGAGGUGUGUCUAGGGGUACGGGAGUGAGUGUGUGUGAGAGCAUGUCUCCGUUGGGGGUGGCUGUGCCCCUGAACCGUGCCCAUGAAGGGCUAUAGGCUGUGGCUGUCAGUGGAGUGGCCUCGCUGCCCAGCUGGUCUAGUUGAGCUGUGCCCUUGAAGAAUUAAAAUAUUGAAUCAUGGCACUGA